AGCAGUUAAUUGGCCUUUAGAAUUGGAGAUAGGAUGUAAGUUAAUUCACUGGUAUCUUACUCAGUAUUGACUUGUGGAACCGGAACUAUGAGAGAAGUAAAUUGUCAACACCCUUCAUGUUUGUGUUUGCUUUUAGUGUCUGCCGUCACAGGGCGAUCUCUGCCCCCUGGGGCUGAGACACCCAGCCUGUCACCAAACUGAAGCUGCAGGAUAUUGAGGUACCAGCUAGAUGUCUUCUCACAAAGGACCAGUGGUGGCACAGAGCAAUGGGGCUCCCGCCAGUAGCAGGGAGACAGACACAGUGGAGCUGGCCGAACUGGGACCCCUGCUAGAAGAGAAGGGCAAACGGGGAGUCGCUGACCCAACCAAAGCUGAAGAACAAGCAUGCCCAGUGCCCCAGGAGGAGGAGGAGGAGGUGCGGGUCCUGACACUUCCCCUGCAAGCACACCAUGCCAUGGAGAAGAUGGAGGAGUUCGUGUAUAAGGUCUGGGAGGGACGCUGGAGAGUCAUCCCAUAUGAUGUGCUUCCCGACUGGCUGAAGGACAACGAUUACUUGCUGCACGGCCACAGGCCGCCCAUGCCCUCCUUCCGGGCUUGCUUCAAGAGCAUCUUCCGCAUACAUACGGAGACUGGCAACAUCUGGACCCAUCUGCUUGGUUUUGUGCUGUUUCUCUUUCUUGGAAUCCUGACCAUGCUCAGACCAAACAUGUACUUCAUGGCCCCCCUGCAGGAGAAGGUGGUUUUUGGGAUGUUCUUCUUGGGUGCAGUGCUCUGCCUCAGCUUCUCCUGGCUCUUUCACACCGUCUACUGUCAUUCAGAGAAAGUCUCUCGGACUUUUUCCAAACUGGAUUAUUCAGGGAUUGCUCUACUGAUUAUGGGGAGCUUUGUCCCCUGGCUCUACUACUCAUUCUACUGCUCCCCACAGCCACGGCUCAUCUACCUCUCCAUCAUCUGUGUCCUGGGCAUUUCCGCCAUUAUUGUGGCACAGUGGGACCGGUUUGCCACUCCUAAACACCGGCAGACGAGAGCAGGGGUGUUCCUGGGCCUGGGCUUGAGCGGCGUCGUGCCCACCAUGCACUUCACUAUCGCCGAGGGCUUCGUCAAGGCCACCACCGUGGGCCAGAUGGGCUGGUUCUUCCUCAUGGCUGUGAUGUACAUCACUGGAGCUGGCCUCUAUGCCGCUCGCAUUCCUGAGCGCUUCUUUCCUGGAAAGUUUGACAUAUGGUUCCAGUCGCAUCAGAUUUUUCAUGUCCUGGUGGUGGCAGCAGCCUUUGUCCACUUCUACGGGGUCUCCAACCUUCAGGAAUUCCGCUAUGGCCUGGAAGGCGGCUGUACUGAUGACUCCCUUCUCUGAGCCUCCCACCCGAGGUUGGAAGGGAAACUUCCCAAGUGCUUUCAAAAAUAACUUCUUUGCUGAAGUGAGAGGAAGCGUCUGAGUUGUCUGUUUCUAGAAGAAACCUCUUAGAGAAUUCAGUGCCAGCCAGGCUUCAGCUCACCUUCCCACCUCAGGGCGGGGGGAUAAGCUUUCUGUGUCCCUCCCCGAGGAAGGGAGUGGUCGCUUGGCCAAGCCCCUCCUCGGCAGCCCUUCCUCAGCAAAGCUACUCUGUCCCCUUGGCACAGAGUACUUUGAAGCUCAUGUUGAGAUUUUACCCCUCCUCUAACCAUUUUGGGAAAAAAUGAUGGACUGGGACUCUUCAGAAAUUCUGUUUCUGGACGAAAAUGUCCCUCCCUUACCCCCAUCCUUACUUUGUAACCUGGCUUAGAACAGGCCACCCAUUUUGUAGCACACUUUUCAGAAACGAUUGUAGCCCGGUCCCGUCUUUCUGGGGCCUGGAUCUGCUGACAGCAGGAGGAACAGUCACCAACUUUGAUGUAGUCGAGUAAUCAUGGGAGUGUGUCCAGGCUUCAGAUAACUUUGAGUUUUAAUUUUUUUUUUCUUGGCAGAGUAAUGUAAAAUUAAAAUGGGGAAAGAUAUUUAAUAUUUAAUACUAAGCUUUAAAAAGAAAUCUGCUGUCCUUGUUAUGUAUCCUGAUGCAAAGACUAUGGUGAUAAUAAAAGGAAGUACAGAAGA